UCUUAGGCUGGGCACCAGUAGUUAACAGUCUACUGCCAAAAAAAAAAAAAGCGCGAACCUUACCCCCUCCCCCCUCCCCCGCUCCUGAUGGCUCCCUUAGGUGAAGUUGGGAACUAUCUCGGGGUCCAAGACGCGGGCCCCUUUGGGAACGUGCCCGUGUUGCCGGCGGACAGCCCGGUUUUGUUAAGCGACCACCUGGGGCAGUCCGAAGCAGGUGGACUCCCUCGGGGGCCUGCGGUGACGGACUUGGAUCACUUAAAAGGCAUCCUGAGGCGAAGACAGCUCUAUUGCAGGACUGGAUUUCAUUUAGAGAUUUUCCCCAAUGGUACGAUCCAAGGAACCAGGCAAGACCACAGCAGAUUUGGCAUCCUGGAAUUUAUCAGUAUAGCAGUAGGCCUGGUCAGCAUUCGAGGGGUAGACAGUGGACUUUAUCUGGGAAUGAAUGAAAAAGGAGAACUAUAUGGCUCGGAAAAAUUAACCCAGGAGUGUGUGUUCAGAGAGCAAUUUGAAGAGAACUGGUAUAACACAUACUCAUCAAACCUAUAUAAGCAUGUGGACACUGGAAGACGAUAUUAUGUUGCAUUAAAUAGAGAUGGAACCCCCAGAGAAGGGACCAGGACUAAACGGCAUCAGAAAUUCACGCAUUUUUUACCUAGGCCAGUGGACCCUGAGAAAGUCCCUGAACUAUAUAAGGAUAUUUUAAGCCAAAGUUGACAAAGACAUUUCCUUCACUUGAGCCCUUAAAAACCAACAACCACUAUAAAGGUUUCAUGCGGUGGGUUCUUAAUUGAUUAGCUGUGUCAUCACAUCAGCUCCACUGUUGCCAAACUAUGUCGCAUGCAUAAUAUAUGAUGGAGGCUUGGAUGGAACAUGCUGAUGGUGUUCUGCACUUAAAAGGUUUGUCUUCUGGAGGAGAGCCUGUGCCCAUCGCUUGAUUUAUUGAGAGAGAAAGAAAGAAAGAGAAUGUGCGAGAGUGAAAGACAGAAGCUGAAGAACAAAGGAAGGGGGGAAAGGCCUGAUGCAUGCUGGGAAAUAGACACGCUUUUAAAUUUUUUGGUCUGUUGUAUACUUCAUCCUAGAUCAGCAUAACUGCCAUACUUUGACUCAUGAAGAAUUUUGGCUGGUGGCCUGCUCAAGUGUACGCUGCAUUUUUUUUUUUAAAGCAAAGGCAUGGAGGGUAUGGUCUGUCUAAAUUCCAAACAGGAAAAAAGACUUAUUUUCAGUUUGACUGCUCAAUUGGGAGUCACCCCUUGAUGAGUUUCAAGUAAAGACCUCUUAGUAAAACAGGAUUUUUAAAAAAAAGUUAAAUUUAUUUAUAGAAAUUCCAAAGGCAACAUUUUAUUUAUUUUAUAUAUUUAUUUAUUAUAUAGAGUUUAUUUUUAAUGACAUAUGUACAGGCCAGAUAGGCGGUUUGGAAGCUAUAGGCUCUGGAAAACAUUUCAACAGCAAAGGCCGCUAUGACCGUGUGAUUAAAUUCAUACAAGUCAAACAUAAAGGUGCAUGGAGGCAAGGAGAAAUCUAGGGAUCCUAAUGUACUAAAGGCAACAAUAUUUUUUGUGCCCAUAUUAUUGUAAAAUUAUGCACACCACUCAUGACUCUUGAGUGCUUACUCUUCUGACUGCUUGUUUCAUAGCUUAAAUUUUCCCCCUUUCCCUCUCUUACUGAGGAUUAAAGAUAAA